AUGACGAGCAGCAGUAUCGAGAUAGGCAUUGUAGGUGCAGGGAUGGGUGGCGUGAUGGCCUCAAUAGCCAUCGCCCGUGCUGGUGGCAAGGUGACUAUCCUCGAAGCAGCCAGUCAGCUAGGUGAGAUCGGGGCUGGCAUACAGAUGACUCCUAAUGUGUCAAGAUUGCUCAUCAGAUACGGCGUCGACAAAGCCAUCGGAAGCAAUCUCAACCGCUUCGAAGAGGUCAAUCUGCAUGACAAGAGUGGUGCUCUGAAAGGCCAUACCAAGAUCUCACGAGUCGAACAAAGUCUGGGGUAUCCUUGGUGGCUGGUCCAUCGCCAUCACCUCCACAAUGGUUUGGUGGAAGUCGCACGGCAAAACGGUGUCAACUUCAUCAUCGACAGCAGGGUAAUUGCAAUCGAGCAGCAGCCUGAUGGGCGAGUUACAGUCGCGACGGAGAAAGGCAAGGAGCACACAUUCAACCUGCUUAUUGGUUGUGACGGUGUGAGGUCCAUCGUUCGGAGGACUCUAUUUCCCGAUGUCGAACCACGGCCGCCGAGUGGCAAUUGUGCGUACAGAGCUAUUGUACCGUACGAUGAGAUUCGUGCAGACCCGCAGACUCGCAGCCUGGUAGAGGACGAAGAAGGGAACCUCAAGCGCACCAUGGAAGUCUGGAUGGCAUCCACAGGCUACAUCAUCAGCUACCCUAUCUCUGACACUCGACAUUUCAACAUGGUGCUCAGCCAUUUUCGCGAUCCUCCUGUAAGCUGGGUAGAGGAUGUUGAGAUCCGGGAAGUGCAAGACGAGUUCAAGGACUACGACCCACGGAUACGUGGAAUCAUCGAGAAGAUUAAGCCGCCCAUAUCUCGAUGGCCGCUGCUGGUGACUGGUCCGCUGAAGUCCUGGUCAAGUCCGCACAAGAACAUUAUGCUUAUGGGUGAUGCGGCACACAGCAUGACGAACCAUAUGGCGCAAGGUGCUGCGACCAGUAUGGAAGACGGGGCCUUUCUUGCACGAUGUCUUGGUAAAGUGAUAGAAGGUCGAAUGACUAUCGCGGACGCCAUCACCAUCUACGAGAAAGGUCGGAUGCCAAAGGCAAGCUACAAGCAACAAGUCUCGUAUCUCAAUGGAUGGUUAUGGCAGCUACCGGACGGACCUGCUCAGGAAGCUCGAGACAAGUCUAUGGAGCGCGAGCUUGAGGGCGUAGUGCCCAUGCGAAGCUUAAACCUGUACGGGGAUCCAAGUACCACGAUGGAGUGCUAUGGGUACGAUGCAGAAAGACACGCGGACGAUGAGAUCGAGACGUGGUUGCAUGAUGGCGAGCCGGUUCGUGAUGGGGCGACGACUGUGAUGAAGGCGGAAGCUCAUAGGAUUGCGAACUGGUGUUUACCUGAAGGAGCGGGAUUCGAGGUUCGGCCUAAGCUAUGA